CCGCCUACGUGGUUUCCGCCGGACUCUGACUCCGGGGAAGCUUCUGCUGUACUUGUUGCCACGUCGGAGCAGCUCGGGGGGAACAACUCGGUUUGAAUUAAUUGAAUUAAUUCAAUUAAUUCAAUUAAAAAAAAGGAUUAAUAACUUUGACUGAAGGUGUUCCCGCUUCAGCCGCAGCCAUGGUUUCUGUCAUCAACACGGUGGACACCUCUCACGAGGACAUGAUCCACGAUGCUCAGAUGGAUUACUACGGUACUCGACUCGCCACAUGUUCCUCUGACCGCACUGUAAAGAUCUUCGAUGUCCGAAACGGAGGGCAGAUACUGGUGGCUGACCUCAGAGGCCAUGAGGGUCCCGUGUGGCAGGUAGCGUGGGCUCACCCGAUGUUCGGCAACAUUCUGGCUUCCUGCUCCUACGACCGUAAAGUCAUCAUCUGGAAGGAGGAGAACGGAUCCUGGGACAAGAUGUAUGAAUAUACCGGACACGAGUCGUCAGUGAACUCUGUCUGCUGGGGUCCGUAUGAUUUUGGUCUGAUUCUGGCCUGCGGAAGUUCAGACGGAGCCAUUUCCCUUCUCACAUUCACUGGUGAUCAGCAGUGGGACGUCAAGAAGAUCAGCAAUGCGCACACUAUCGGCUGUAACGCAGUGAGUUGGGCUCCUGCCGUAGUUCCCGGCAGCUUGAUCGAUCAGCCGUCAGGACAGAAACCGAACUACGUGAAGCGAUUCGUCUCUGGAGGCUGCGACAACCUGGUGAAACUCUGGAAAGAAGAAGAUGGUCAGUGGAAGGAGGAUCAGAAGCUGGAGGCUCACAGUGAUUGGGUGAGAGACGUCGGCUGGGCUCCUUCUAUUGGUCUCCCCACCAGCACCAUCGCCAGCUGCUCCCAGGACGGACGUGUUUUUAUCUGGACGUGCGACGACCCCGCAGGAAACACCUGGACAGCCAAACUCCUCCAUAAGUUCAACGACGUUGUUUGGCACGUCAGCUGGUCUAUCACUGGAAAUAUACUCGCCGUUUCCGGAGGAGACAACAAGGUGACGCUGUGGAAGGAGUCGAUGGACGGUCAGUGGGCGUGUAUCAGUGAUGUCAGCAAAGGCCAGGGAGCCGUGUCCACCAUCACAGACACACAGCAGAGCGAGCAGUGACACACAGAUAACACACUAACACACACACAUAUGUCCCCUGAGGCUGACCCCGAUCUUCAAAGAUGAGUUAAGCGUUACACAGAUCGAGCUUCUGCUGUCGUGUUGUUUGACGAUGACACGGCGAGUUCGGAUAGAUAAUUCUAAAUUUUAUGAGAAAUUAAAGAAACCGUCGCUGUUGAAAAAAUGUUUUUUUUUUUAAUCAGAUGCACUCCACCGUUUCUUGUUUCCACCCAGUUCAGUUUUCACAUGUACAUAAACGCUGGUCCAAGUUUGACUUAAUACACAGCGUCACACCCUCCAUCCAUCCCAUGAUGCUCUGCUCCUGAAACAUUCCACCUCCACCAGCGGCGAACAAAACUACGGUCGACCAGGAACGACCCCGGCGUCGACACUUUUCAUUUGCUGGUUACAAACCGCUGAAAAAAGCAGCAGUUUAUUUGAUUAUAUGUAAAAUAUUUAGCUGUGAACAAAUCCUCUUGUUCUCACAGUGACUCUUCCCAAACUCCAGCCUCUGAAUUUAAUGAAAAAUAAAUGAUUUAUUUAGUAAACUA